AUGAGCCUGCCAUCCUUCCUACCGCCCUUCGCGGGCACCGAGAUCCGGACCGUGGAGAUGCACACGGCCGGAGAGCCGGCGCGCAUCGUAUACGCCGGCUACCCAGACAUACCCGGCACCCUCCUCGAACAGCGUUCCCUCGCCCAAACCGACUACGACCACAUCCGCCGCAGCAUAAUCUAUGAACCGCGCGGCCACGCGGACAUGUACAGCGCCGUCCUCCGGCCCCACACAGAACUCGUCGACGCUGGCGAAGCGCACAUGGGCGCCUUAUUCCUCACGCACGAGGGGUACGGCGCGAUGUGCGGGCACGCCACCCUCGCGCUCGGCAGGUUCCUCGUCGACUGCGCGGACGAGACGGUCUUCCCGCGGCGGCGGGAGCUGGUUGUUGAUGAGGAGCGGCAGACGGUGGAGGUCAGGUUGCAUGCGCCCGUUGGGGUGGUGAGACUUACGGUUCCUGUUGUGAGGGUGGAUGUGGAUGGCAGCACCGGGGACAUCUCGGGGUGGAAGACGGAUACGGGAAGGCGCAUUACGUUUCUUUCUGUGCCGACUUUCGCUACGGCUGUCGAUCUCUCUAUUCCGAUCCCGCGGGAUCUAGGUUGGCCGGAGCUAGGUGACGCCGCAGCCGUGACGAUAGACGUUGCGUUCGGAGGUGCAUUCUAUGCCGUCGUCUCCACUGCGGCUCUGGGCUUUCCGUCGUCUCUUUCGAAGCCGGACGUCAGCGGCCUCAGUAACGCAACCAAGAAGCUCAAGCAAGCCUUCAACGCCUCAGCAGACCUCCGCGCCCGCCUUGAAGAUCCCGCAGACGACGAGACGGUUCCGGGUUCGCAGUAUCUCUACGGCAUCAUGGUCACCGACACAGGUAGUAACAACGUCCUCCCUACAGCACAAGGCUGCGCGGGCGCGGAGACGGGGCUGUAUUUCUUCGGCGACCAGCAAAUUGAUCGGAGUCCAACGGGUUCAGUCGUGCAGGCGCGUGUUGCGUUAGCUGCUGCGCGGGGCGAGAGGAAACUGGGCCAGUCGUGGACAUAUCACAGUCUUGUAUCGAGGAGUGUUGGCGGGGAUCGCGGGGCUUUUGUAGGGACGCCCGUGGAGGAGGUUGAGGUUGGUGGGAGGAGGGCUUGGAGGGUUGAGGUGAGUGGACAGGCUUAUUAUACUGGCUCGAGUACGUUUGUGAUGGAGGAGGGUGACGAGAUUGGGAGGGGGUUUUCUUUUCGGGGAUUUCAAGGGUGA